AAAUCUCCGUUUUUGCCCUCUCACUUCCUCUUUCCGUCAUCGGAGUUUAGUUCACGAUGGGACGUGUGAUCAGGGGACAGAGAAAAGGUGCGGGCUCCGUGUUCAAAGCCCACGUCAAGCACAGGAAAGGUGCUGCUAAACUCCGGCACAUUGACUUCGCUGAACGCCAUGGCUACAUCAAGGGGAUUGUGAAGGAUAUCAUCCACGACCCUGGCCGUGGUGCUCCCCUGGCCAAGGUGGCUUUCCGUGACCCAUACCGCUUCAAGAAGAGGACAGAACUUUUCAUUGCUGCUGAGGGCAUCCACACCGGACAGUUCGUGUACUGCGGCAAGAAAGCUCAGCUGAACAUCGGCAACGUCCUGCCUGUCGGCGUCAUGCCUGAGGGUACCAUCAUCUGCUGUGUGGAGGAGAAGCCUGGCGACAGAGGCAAGCUGGCCCGUGCAUCAGGAAACUACGCCACCGUCAUCUCUCACAACCCUGAGACCAAGAAAUCCAGAGUCAAGCUGCCCUCUGGCUCCAAGAAGGUCAUCUCCUCCGCCAACAGAGCCGUUGUCGGUGUGGUCGCUGGUGGUGGACGUAUCGACAAGCCCAUCCUGAAGGCUGGCCGUGCCUACCACAAGUACAAGGCCAAGAGGAACUGCUGGCCACGUGUGCGUGGUGUGGCCAUGAACCCCGUUGAGCAUCCCUUCGGUGGUGGUAACCAUCAGCACAUUGGCAAACCUUCGACCAUCAGGAGAGACGCGCCAGCUGGUCGCAAGGUCGGUCUCAUCGCUGCCCGUCGUACAGGACGACUGCGUGGAACAAAGACCGUCCAGGAGAAGGAGAACUAAUCUGACUGUCUUGAUAAUAAAAGUUGUUCCAAAAACUCCAAAA